AUGAACCCAACCCGCAGCUUGCAGAGAAUCCUGCACACUGCUGCUGCCUUGCCGCGGCACAAGCUGGGCGUGCACAUUGAGGUUUUCAACGGCACUGCCUUCGCCGAGCUUGACGGCACCGCGAUGUUCGGCCUCGACAGCACGACCAGGAACGCUAAGGGGUCGUCCCUCAUGCUCCACAAGCGCACCAAGACUCGCGAGGGGUUGGGGCGGCGCGGGCCAGCGGUGGGCGAAAACAGAGUGCGCGUGCGGACGGUGAACGCACUCAGCGUGAUCCGUCACGCGCCGCCUGGGGCAGUGCUCGAUCUUUACCGAUCGAGCACUGGCCCCCCUGGGCCGGUCGCGCUCAAAAUUGACGUUGAGGGGUAUGAGGGGCGGCUCAUGCGCAACCUCCUCCUCUCGGGCGUGCUGUGUCAGCGCGUGCAGAAUCUGUUCGUGGAGUGGCAUCCGAUGGCAAGCCAGGUUGACAAGCGCGAUCUGCACCACCCGGAUGAAGACAUCGAGAUGCCCCCCCAAACGAUGGCAGUGUACAAGCGGAUGCUGAGCACCUUCAAUCCAAAGGCGAAAGCACUAGGCUCUAGGGCGUAA